UCUUCAUCAAAUAGCACUCGUAGUCAGUCGGUGGUAAUCCAUCAUAAGUUGCAGCAGCAGCAGCAACAGCGGCAGCUCUUCUUAAAGGCCUUUAAGGCCAAUUAUUGUUUUAUUUGGGCUUUAAUAAAAGGGACAAUUAAACAAAGAGCAGAAUUUGUGAUAGUAGACAGGAAAUAAAAUUCAUUCUGUCUUACUUUCAAUUCCGGAAUUAUUCGAUCAAUAUUCCAAUUUCAUCCUACGACAACAAUUUCCUAAAUCAUAUUAUUUGUCCCAAUUCAAACAACAAUGACUAUCAUUGAUACGACAGCGGUUAAUACCACCAAUAUUUUAUCAAUACCACCACCAUUAUCAUCAUCAUCAUUAUCAUUAUCACCACCACCAACAACAACAACAACAACAACAACAACAACAAUAACAACGAUGGAUUCAUCAACAAAAACCGCUGAAAUAUUAGCUGAAAAUGAAGCCCAAAUUAUCAAUAAUGAUAGCAACGAUAUACCGGUAUCACGAAAAUCCGGUAUUUCGUCACCGGUUAUACCAUUAACAACAGGAACGAUCAAAUCGGAAAUCAUGAAAGAGAUCUAUUGUAGUGGUUCACUUCUUGAAACGGUUCAAAAAGCUAACAUCUUCCAUGAUUGCAAACAUUUUGUUGAUAUGCCACUCAAAAUUGAUCCUGAAUCAACAUUGAACGAUUGGCAUGAAUUAAUUGGAUCCGGUCAAAUUGAUGAGAAUUCGCUACGACAUUUCAUUGAAAAUCAUUUUGAUGAACCAGGUGGUGAAUUAGAUACAUGUGAACCAAGUGAUUUUGAUCCAGAAUAUGGUAAAUUUGAAUCCAUCAAUUCACCAUCAUAUCGGCAAUGGGCAAAGGAACUUCAUCGAAAAUGGCCUACAUUAUGCCGUAAGGUGUCGGAUCGCGUUAUUGCUUACCCAGAAAAAUCCUCAUUAAUUCCGAUACCGAAACCAUUUGUGGUACCCGGUGGACGUUUCCGGGAAAUGUAUUACUGGGAUAGUUUCUUUACCAUCAAAGGUCUUUUGGCUUCCGGCAUGCAUAACACCGUGCGCGGAAUGAUCGAAAAUAUGGGAAGUCUGAUCGAAAGAUUUGGCUAUGUACCAAACGGAAAUCGCGUAUAUUAUCUCAACCGAUCUCAACCUCCGUUACUCACUUGGUGUCUAUCUGCAUAUUACGAAGCAACAGAUGAUAAGGAGUUUGUCUUCACUGGUGCUCGUUGGUUCGAAAGAGAAUUUGAAUUUUUUAAAAGGCAUAAGUCAAUUCAGCUGCCCGGUGUAACAUCAUUGCUCUAUCGCUACCAUGUUGUAGCCGUUGGUCCACGUCCGGAAAGCUAUCGUGAAGACGUUGAAAGUGCUCAUCAUAUCGAGGAUGUUCUAGAGAAACAACGUUUAUGGGGUGAUAUAGCAGCUGCAGCUGAAAGUGGACGAGAUUUUAGCUCACGUUGGUUCUCUCAAGAUGGACCUGUAGCUGGUAAAAUGGGUUCAACACGGACUAGUUCGAUUUUACCAAUCGAUUUGAAUGCAAUCAUUUGCGGAAAUCUCCGUUUAAUGGCCAAUUUGUAUGAGGUAAUUAACGAUAUGUCAAGUGCUGAGCACUGUCGGCAACAGUUCAGAAGUAUGAAGCAAGCAAUUCAUCAAGUAUUCUGGAAUGAGGAAUGUGGUUGCUGGUUCGAUUACGACAUCAUCAAUGGUUGUCAUGUUAAUCUUUAUAUGGAUACCAAUUUCUUUCCACUGUUCAGUGGAUGUAUGCAUGAUGAUUUCGAUCCGCAAAAAAUAGUAUCAUACAUGACGAACAUGGGUGUUUUGGCAUUCCCAGGUGGUUUGCCAAGUUCGCUGAUACCAUCUGGACAGCAAUGGGAUUUCCCGAACGCUUGGGCACCAACAACUUGGGUUAUUAUUCAAGGUUUGCGUUCCACAGGUCAACAUGAGCUUGCUCGUCAAAUUGCCGAGAAGUGGAUCAAACGAAAUUACAGCAUGUGGCUUAUUUCUGGUGGACGAAUGUUUGAAAAGUAUAAUGUUGCGUCGCAAAACUAUAAUACGGCUGGAAGUGGUGGCGAAUACGAGGUGCAAGAAGGAUUUGGAUGGACCAAUGGUGUAGUCUUGGAUUUGCUUCUUACAUAUGGACCUGACUUGACCUUUAAGUCGGAUGAAGAGACGUCUGUGACACCGGGAGAAGGAUACGUUUAUUGCCAGGAGCACCAGCAGAUUUCUGAUGUUACCACAACUACUAACACCAUACUGGUACCUUCACCAAUUGAUUCUGGUCUCUAAUGAGUUCAGAUUGUGGAGUAGAUAUGAAAAAUAUAGAAAUACUACCACGUUAUAUCUUGUAUAGCAUCAUUUUGACACUGUUUCUCGAAAUAUCAAAUUUCCAAACAAUUUUAGAGCGCCUUCAAACAUCAUUAGGGUUAUUUAAGGUACAUAAAAUAUGUGGAAUUUUGAAAUUUAUUAGUAGAGAGUGAAAUGAAUGAUAUAGUAAUGUGGAUUCGAGAUACUUCGUUACUUUUUUUUCAACACAACGCAAAAUAGAUGAGAAGUGAAUGUCAGUAGUUAAUUCAUAAUUGUUGUUGUAGGACAAUAUGAAGUAAUUUUCAAU